AUGAAGGCAACAUCUGCGCAAGCGGAUGGCAUCAACCUGCAUGGGAACAUCAAAGGUGCCUUGGUGCAUGACGUGUACAUCGAGAACACUGGUGACGACACCCUGGCGCUUUGGGGCGCAGAGUCCUUCCCAGAGCAGAUCACCUUCGCGAACGCGGUGGCGGUCAACCCUGGGAUCAUGCGGCCCAACUGGUAUGGGAAUUGUGUGGCCACCUAUGGGCUCCGAUCGGUGAUUUUCGCCAAUAUCACCUGUGAAGCUCCGACGCUUGAGCAGCCCAUUCCACAACCCGGAGGUGGUGAAGUGAAUAUCGACACCUCUAUGUUUGUGUUCUACACCAGCUUUGGUGGCAGUUAUCCGUCUGGCAAUUCCAUCUACAUCAAGGGUUGGAACUUCAAGAACCUGCAGGGCACGGGGUACACCGUUCAAGAAGGUUCUUUGAACACCUUCAAGCCUGGAAAGAUGGUUUGGACAAAGGCGGAGAAUGGGAUUCUAGCGCCCUUCUACUUGCCCGACAAGAAGCAAGAGGUGAACGUGAUUGCAUGCGAAGGACUGAAGGAUGAAUGCUGA